AGGGAGUCUUAGCCAAUCAGAUGAAAGGCACAAAGUGGUAAGCGGGUGUGCAAGACUGCAAGCUGCCUUCAUACUCAUGUUUCAUGUGCUCCAUCCAUGUUGUGAGACUGUUGCUCUGAACACUCGUGGUUCUGGUUGGAGAGCUGAUUUAAAGAUUGGUUGGCUUUCUGGCCAUGGUACUGACCAGACUUCCAUUCUUUUACUGUUAACCUGCUGUGGCCUGUUCAUUGAAGCUCCUGUUGUUACAGUUCAACUAUUAAGUCCAGGGUGCUGAAUCAUUAACAUGGACAAACCACAGAAGGAUGAUCUGGAUGACCACAAGAAGAGCUACUCUGGAAAGAACUCUGGAGAGCCAGUCACAGGCUGUCUGUUGAGUGCAGCCUUCUUUGGUGCCCUGGGCUCAUCUUUCAUUUACGGCUACAACCUCUCCGUGGUCAACGCCCCUGCGCUGUAUAUUAAAGCUUUCUACAACAAGACAUGGAUGGAGAGAUAUGGGGAGCCUGUUGCUGCAGAGACAGCCACCCUCCUCUGGUCCAUCACUGUGUCCAUAUUUGCUAUUGGGGGCCUUCUGGGAGCUCUGUGUGCCUCUUUAAUCAUCAGAUCACUGGGAAGAAAGGGAACCUUGCUGGCGAAUAACGGCAUUGCCGUGAUAGCUGCUCUGCUGCUGUCCCUGGGUGAGAGCGCAAAGUCUUUUGAGAUGCUCAUCAUUGGCCGGUUCGUAAUUGGGGUGGACUCUGGUAUAGCUCUCAGCGUACUUCCUAUGUACUUGGGAGAGAUCACACCAAGACAUAUCAGAGGUUCCAUUGGCCAGUUCAACUCCAUCCUCAUCUGCUUGGGAGUGUUUACAGGACAAGUGCUGGGGCUGCCCGAGCUGCUGGGUCAGGAGUCCAGGUGGAACUACUUGUUUUCCUUCCUGGCGUUGCCGGCGAUGCUGCAGCUGUGUGUGCUGCCCUUCCUCCCUGAGAGUCCUCGCUACCUGCUGAUGGAGAAGAGGGAUGAGGCUGGAGCAGAAAGAGCCUUCCAGAGGUUUUUGGGAAAGAAGGAUGUGUCCCAGGAGCUGGAAGAGGUCCAUGCGGAGGCUCGAGCUCAGGACAGCCUACAAACCGCCUCUGUGUUCCAGCUGCUGAAGAGCUCAGCUGUUCGCUGGCAGCUCAUCACCACCAUCAUCACCAUGGCCUGCUAUCAGCUCUGCGGCCUUAAUGCUAUAUGGUAUUACACCAAUGGGAUCCUUCGGGAAGCCGGCUUCGCUGAGAACAUCCUCCCCUACAUCACGCUGAGCACCGGGGCCAUAGAGACUUUGGCUGCCAUCAUCUCGGGUUUAGUGAUAGAACGAAUUGGGAGGAAACCCCUCCUUAUAUUUGGUUUCUCUGCCAUGGCCGUCUUCUUCAGCCUACUUACAGUGUUCCUCAAUUUCCAGGCGAGCGUACCAUGGAUGCCCUACCUCAGUUACAUCUGUAUACUGGCUGUUAUUGCGUCGUUUUGCUCUGGGCCAGGUGGCAUUCCCUUUAUCCUCACCGGGGAACUGUUCGAACAGUCUUAUCGACCUUCCGCCUUCAUGAUCGCUGGUACCGUAAACUGGCUGUCCAACUUUGCUGUGGGUCUCCUUUUCCCAUUCAUUCAGGAGAAUCUGCAGUCCUUUGCCUUCCUGGUGUUUGUCGUGGUCUGCACCUUGGCAUCUGUCUACCUUUAUUUUGUCCUCCCUGAAACCAAAAAUAAAACAUUUAUGGACAUCAGUAAGAGCUUUGCUAAGAUCAACAAAGUACCCCUCCCCUCCCCCAGUCACGAAAUGGAGCUGGUCCUGUCCCUUAAGCCUGAUGAGAAUAGGAAAGAUGUUGCUAAAAUGGAGAGUUCCUUCUAGCUGAACAACCUGCUCUAUCUGUGGAGAUGCAGAGGUGAGAUAUGAACGGGAGAAGAGAGAGCUCCAACACUCUGCUCUUCCUUGCAAACAAAUUUUGUCAUAGAUACUUCCCAGUCCUUAGACCGUCAUCAGGUAAAACAGAGGAACGUUACAGACAGAUAUAACCAACACCUGCUGGGCAAUCAGUCCCACAGGCUUUGCGCAUGUAGUGAAUUCAAAAGGCACCAUCAAUCUACAGUGAACAGCAACUGCAUCAGUCUAUACACACAAACAUCAGUAUAAAUAACAUUAGUAUCAGUACACGCAUGGAUGAGAAAACCAUGUGGCAUCCAGUGCGACCAUUUGCACCAAUGCCUCAAUGCAGGAAGAAGGUCAUUAUAAUAGAAAACAAAAUAGCCAUAUUAUAGUAGCAUAACAGUAGAAAUAGGCACCGGAGGGAAAAGGGCAAAAAUCAUCAAAAAAUGGCUUCAGUAUCUGGGUGACGGAAGAAGAAGAGUGCUGGAGCUCAUUGUUCUUAUCCAUGGAUAUUUCUACCUACAAGGAAGAGAAGCUGAACGUAUGCAUGAGCCUUUACAGUCAAGAUUUGAGAUCUAAACUGUUAGUACAUAUUUAUUUAAUUACUGAUCUGAGAAUCCAUGAAUUUGGUUAGUUUCAAUGUUUUUUGAUAUUUUGUAUACGUUUUGUACUCUAUGGUGAGAAUAUUUUGGGAUUUUGCAGUUUUUCAAUUUAUAGCAAUUAUUUGUUUAUAUCUCUUACUAAAAUGAGAUAUACAAUAAACUUCUUUUUU